AUGACAGUUGGUCACAUAAUGAAGUUAGCGCUGUUCUUGUUAGCCGUUCUUCCGUCGAUAGAGGCAAAUUGGGGUCAGUGCAGAGAAGCAAAUUGGAAAGGAAAGUUUAACAAAAAGAGCUGGGUGAGAUGUGAUCACUCUACGGAAUACAUGACUGGGCUCUACAGAACGGACGGAAACAACGGUGAAAUUUCUUUGAUCGAGAAAGCUAUGUGCUGCCAAGCUCCUUCGCCGAAUCAACAUCAGCAGUCAUUUUGUAAGAAAGCAGAUUGGUGGAAAACAUUGGACAGGUCAGUAACGAGCCGAUUAUUUGGUGCUGCAAGGGAAACAAGGCGAGGGUUGAAUUAUACUGAUUUAUAGUAAUAUAAAAGGGUAAAUAAAAGAGCGAACACACCCGAAAACCUGCACAGUUUAAAUUACCUUAUGAGUGCCUGCUCACAACAAAAUACAGAGCCUGCUUUUUUAUAUAAUGUUAGUUAGGUUAAUAGAAAUAAUAUGGUACUUUGCAAAAGAUCGUGCAACAGAAAGUAGUGAAGUGUUUUACGCAACAGAGGCGUUAUGUAAUUGUCUAACAACCAGUCCACGAAAUCAGUGUCCGUUUUUGAUAUAUUUUUUUUAGACAUUUCUUAUAUUCUACCAAAUGAGUUUGUUUUUGGAGAUCAAUUUCUUUUAGUAAAAUGCCCUAUCAGCAGUGAACUCGCUGAUUUCUGAAAAUAUAUUUCUUUGGCCUAUUUUUUAUGGCGGAAACGCCAACAAGGGGAAAAAAUUAAUCUUUGACAUUUUAUUGUUUAGCAACAAACGUUGGGCCAAUUGUCCGGAUGGAUACUUCAUGCGGGGGCUAUACCGCGGCGAUGGCCAAUGGCUUCACCACAUCGAGGAGGGCAGCUGCUGUAGACCCAACAACUUACCUAACCGAUAUCUUGACUGUUACGAGAAAGAUGUCGAAAAAUCAUUCGACAAGAAAGGCUGGGGAAAAUGCGCCAACGGUUAUUACAUGGCAGGUUUCUAUAAAGGAACUUGUGACAAGGUCUACUGCAUCGAAAAAUUCAGAUGUUGUAGUAUGAGUGACGAUGGCUGCACGAUGGCAGACUGGUGGUCGGCCUUUGAUAACAAAGGAUUAGUCGAGUGCUCCUCUUCAACACAAUACAUCACUGGACUGUGGAGAAACAAGCAAGCAAAAGACGACAAGAUAUAUUUGCUAGAGGAAGCAAAAUGCUGUCCAGCUCCUUCACCAAACAAGCAUACGCCAUCAAGUUGUCAAAAAGCUAACUGGUGGAAAAUUCUGGAUGGGUAA